CCAAUCCGGCUGGAUCCUGUUGCGGCGCCGCUGGGAUGGGGGAAGGGCGGGCUCCGACCACUGCGCAGCGACACUAAGAUUCAUUCACGCACAGGCAGCAGCCGCUCGCUGGGAGCGAGUGAACGCGGGGAGCAGUAGCGACCACAGCUGCACUAGCGGGUUGUUGGUCGGGGCCACCGCUCGCCAUGCCGAGGAGAAAGGUGAACGCGGCCGAAGGGGAAGCGCGGGAGGAGCCCAAGAGGCGGUCUGCACGCCUGUCAGCUAAACCUGCCCCCGCCAAAGCCGAGCCCAAGCCAAAAAAGGCAGCAGCAGCAAAGGAUAAAUCUGAGGACAGGAAAGCUCAAUCAAAGGGGAAAAAAGGACCAAAAGGAAAACAGAUUGAGGGGACUAAUCAAGAAGAAACAAACGAUAACUUGCCUGCAGAAAAUGGAGAAAUUAACAGUGCAGAGGCUCCAGGGUCUGAUGCAGCAAGAGAGAAAGAAGCUAAGUCUCAGUAAUAUCUCUACCAAGUCUUUUAUCAGUGGACCCAGUACCUACCUUCCUUGUACAAUUCAGAGGAAUAUUUUUAUCAACUAUUUUGUAAAUGCAAGUUUUUUAGUAGUUCUAGAAAACACACUUUUAAAAAGGAGGGAGUCCCGCCACUUCCCAUUUUUUUUUUUACAUAAUUAGAUACGUGUAAAUGCUUUUUUUUUUUUUUAAAGAGGUAAAAUCAUCUACUGGUUGUCUAUUUUCUGUGUAGCCAGAAAUUAAUGGAAUGUUAGCUAAGGGAGAGGCUUUGAAAUCCUGAUUACACUUAACAUUCCAUAGCUUGUGAGGGACAGUUUUUAUAUCCUGUUAAAUGAGGCAUGACACAGAUCAAACUUUGGAAUCAUAAGUUGAAAAGUCUUAUCAUUUUACUUAUGUCCACUGUAUCUAUAGAGUUAUUUCUGUAAUGAAACUGCUCCUUGGUGUUGGAUCUCCCUUUCAGAAUUGUGUAUUAUCUGUGACAGUUAUUUUUAGUAGUGGUAGUUUUAUUUUUUUCAAUAACUUCGUAACUCUGCUGUGAAAAAUUGGAAACCUUUAUUGGGUGUGUAGUGAGUGUGAUGUUACUGAGCCCUGGUCUACACUACAGAUUUAUGUCAGUAUAACUACGUUGCUCAAGGGUUUGGAAAAUCCACCCCCCUAAGCGAUGCAUUUAUACCAACUGAACUCCCAGUGUAGACAGAGUUAUGUCAAUGGAAGGGCUUCUCCCAUCAACAAAGUUACUGCCCCUCAGGGAGGCAGAGUACCUUUGCCAAUGGGAGGAGCUCUCCUGUCAGCACAGGUAGCAUCUUCUCUAAGCGUUACAGCAGCACAACUCCAGCUGUGCUGCUGCAGUGCUGUAAGUGUAGACAAGCCCUGAGUAGGUGGAACUUUCUAUAUAGCAGAUCUAACUUCAUAUGACAGUAUUCAAGAUACUGAUACAUCAUGCCCAAUUGUAAAGGACAGUUUGUCAACACAGGUUAAGAUGAAAAGUAAUUGGAAUAAUGGUUUUUAAAAAGAUGAAAAAUAUACAAGAAUAAAAAAUUGUACAAAUUGUUCAUGGUGUGUCUAUGUACUGAUUACCAAACGAGCCAAUAAAAUCUUGGUCAUAAAUGGA